AUAUUUUAUUUUAUUUUUGUAAAUACUAAUAAAUCUUAAAUUACUAUACUGAAAAAAUUUCAAUUAAGAAAGUAAUUAAACAAUCCCGUCAGCGAUGAAACGUAGGUAAAUGGAAUCUGUCUGACCGAGUAAGCUGUGACGCAAUUAGUCGUCACCUACGGUUUGUAUUACGUCCUAGAUUGCGUUACCCGUGUUGACGUUUAACUUUUUCAAGGCCCAAUCGGCAGCUGCCUAAUAUAAAUAAAUGCCGAAUGUCAUUAUUCCAAUACCGCAAUUACCCUCCAUUAUCUCUCUCUCAAAAUUGGAUCUUUUUCUUUACCAAAUUUGCAAUAAUAAUGCACCAAGCAAUUCCGUACCGGACGUGGAUUCCGGCCGCCGCUUCCUCCUCCCGCAAGGCGCACGAGCCUUCCGGCGAUGGGGUUGAAAAAUUAGUGUCCAAAAACGCCGUUGUGGUUCUUGCGAGGCGUGGGUGUUGUAUGAGCCAUGUUUUGAAACUGUUGUUGUUGGGCCACGGUACGAACCCGGCCGUUGUCGUGGUUGGUGAAGAAGAUGAAGUCGAUACUACCGGGGAGAUUGGAAAUUUUGCCUCCGCCGCUGGAGAUGGAAGAGUGCAGUUUCCGGUGGUGUUUAUUGGAGGGAAGAUGUUUGGUGGGUUGGAAAAAGUGAUGGCGGCUCAUAUUUCCGGUGAAUUGGUACCGGCGUUAAAAGAUGCCGGUGCUUUGUGGCUGUGAUUUUGAAUAAAAAAACAAAAUCUAGUAAAGUAUAUUGCCGAUGGCUUAAAUUAAAUUUCGAUCUCAGAUACCCUCCGAGAGUGGAUGCAGAGGAGAAUUUUUUAAAGUUUAUCACAUAUGAAAUUUUUCUUUGAAAUUUGAUCCUAGAGGAGAGGCAGAUUUGGUAGCUGAGAUUUAAAAAAAUCUUGUAAAUUAUUUUGAGUUUUCAUUUAAUAAUUAUUAAUAGCCCACUAAACUUUUUUUUAAUCA